AUGGAAUCAGUUGACAGUAGCUGGUUUAUUAACCCUUCUUAUCUCUUUGUAUUAGGGCAAAUUUUCUUUAGAAUAAUUUGCUGUUUCACGGGUGCUUUGAAGGAAAUAAAAGAUCUCGAAAGUGUCUUAAUGACAACCGAUGGCCUCAUGUUGACAAGACAGCUGGUUGCCUUGCAGAGGGCAGGGCUUGACGGUCUGAACAUCAGCUUAGACACCCUGCAGUCCCAACGCUACAACCAGAUCACGAGGAGGAAAGGCUGGGAGCGUGUCAUGGUUGGCAUAGAUCUAGCCUUGCAACUUGAAUACGACCCUGUGAAGAUAAAUUGUGUUGUAAUGCGAGGUUUUAAUGAAGAUGAAGUGUGCAGUUUUGUGGAGUUAACAAAAGAGAAAAAUGUUGAUGUAAGAUUUAUCGAGUACAUGCCUUUCAGCGGCAACAAAUGGAAUGAUGGGAAGAUGGUCUCAUUUAGUGAAAUGGUCCAAAUAAUUAGAAAGCAGUGGCCUAAUUUUGAUCCUCUGCCCAAUGGGCCCAAUGAUACCUCAAAGGCAUACCAUGUCCCGGGCUUCAAGGGACGUGUGGGAUUUAUUACCUCAAUGAGUGAACACUUCUGUGGCACGUGCAACCGUUUACAGAUAACAGCUGAUGGCAAUUUGGAGGUGUGUCUCUUUGGGUAUUCAGAGAUAUCUCUCAGAGAUGCAAUACGAAGCAAAUGCAGUGAGGAUGACUUGCUUGCCAUGAUUGGGGCAGCAGUGAGAAGAAAGAAGAAACAACAUGGAGGCAUACUGAACCUGUCAAAGAUGAAGAAUCGGCCAAUGAUUCUUAUUGGAGGAUAA